AUGCAUAAAAAAUCUGUUUCAGAUAGUGAAUCAUAUUUGUCUAAUGUUCGUCAAUGUCUUGAAAAUGAAUGUACAAAACGUGGUUUAGGAAGACAUAUAGUUAAAUAUUAUGGUUUAAUUAGUGCGCGAACUGGAUAUGGUAUUGAAGAAUUGAUUUCCAAAGUAUUUCGUUAUUGGUCACAACAUGGUGGUGUGUAUUUACUUGGUGGUACAAAUGCUGGAAAAAGUAGUUUAUUUAAUAGUCUUAUUGAUUCUGAUCUUUGUCAUAUUCAUGCACUUGAUUGUGUUCAACCUGCAACUGUAUCCAAUCUUCCUGGUACAACAAUGAAUGUUGUUCGUUUUCCGAUUCAACUACGAACUGGAAAAAAUCAAUUUAUGCGUGAAGAACGUCUUAAAGAACGAGAAGAAAAUGAAACAAUUCCAGAUAAUAAUAAUAAUUCAAUUGAAAACGAAACAACUAUUGCUGAAAAUAUUGAAUCAACAGUAAAAUGGCGUCGUCGAUUUGAAUCUGAAAUGAAUUUACCAAAAAGUGGUGCAUCAUAUACAUAUUCAUCCGGUGAAAAUUCUUUUAAUGAAGAUCGUUCAUUUGAAUCAAGUGAACAUAAUUAUAUUACUUAUCGACAAAAGAAAAUGCGAGCUUUUAAUCCUGAUUCAUAUAAAAAUGAAAAAUGGCUUUUUGAUACACCGGGAGUUAUUUUACCUGAACAAAUGAUUAAUAAAUGCAGUAAUCGAACAGAACUUUCAUUUUUUGAUCAUCAAUCAACUGUUAUUCGACCAGUGAAUAUUUUGCUAAAUGUUGGACAAACAAUAUUAAUUGGUGGUGUUGCAAGGAUUGAUGUUAAACAUAUUACAAAUCAUGGUCAAGGAACACUUUCAUUAAUGACAACAUCUCGUUUGCCCAUUAAUGUGAUACAAACAAAAGACGUUGAAAAAUUUUAUGAAAAUGCUCUUGAAAAAAACCAACUUGGAAUACCACAAAAUCAAAUAAAUGGUCGUCUUCAAGAUCCACCUCGACUUAUUGGGCCGACUAUUGAAAUUCUUGGCAUUGGAGAAGAAGAAGCUGCUGGAGAUAUUGUUCUAUCAUCAGCAGGUUGGGCUAGUGUUCAAUGUAGUCGUGAUCAAUAUAUAGUAUUUGAUGUAAUGACACCAGAUGGUCUCGGUAUUCAUCUUCGACAACCACCAUUACUUAAGCAUUUAAUUCAUUUACGUGGUUCACAAAUAGAACAAACACCAUUCUUUAAUAAACAUAUUUAUAAAGAAGAUCAACAAGAAAAUGAAGAUAAUACUGAAUAUCAGUCAAAUGAACUUGAAAUGAUUAUAAAUGAAAAGUUAUGGAAAGGAGAACAAAAUAAACAUCAACGACAUGCUGAACAUAAAAAAUAA